AUGGAUAUAUUACGAUCGGAGCAAGACCCGGAGCCCGAACCACGGGGCCUCGACCAACGAGGCCUCGGCCCACUGGGCCUCAACCAACGGGGCCUCGGCUCACGAGGCCUCAGCCAUCAUUCAGCCGACCCGCCCUGGAGAGGUCGUUCGGGAGAGGUUGUCCGCGGGAGGUCGGCCGCGAAGAGGUCAUCCACGAGCAAGGCCGACCUGGAACCGCUCAAGCGUGUUCUAUAUUCAGUGGUCUACCGCGACCAGCUACUAUGGCAAGAUCAAGAUCCAACUCUCGCCACACCAACGGUUCCUGCGGCACCCAGCUCGUCGCAACCGGGAACAGCCCCAACGGGGUCCCCAGCCUUCAACCGGCCACCUCUGCCAGGUCGGGAGAGACAUGAGAGAUCGCCUCACCAACCACCGCAGCGGCGGUGUCCCACCUCCCGCUGCCCCGUUCCGCCCCAAGCCCUUGUUCGCGAGGGGGUGGAGGUCUUUGAGCAAGCCUCCACGGCGCAGGGCCUCCGAGCAAGUGUGCCUGCCGACCCAGGCGUUAACCAAGGGUUACCGGCACCUCCUCCACCUCCUCCCACCCGGGGGCGCAACGGUCCAAGCACCAGGCCACCCCAGGCACCAUCACCCAGGGAGAGGUCAAUUCGCCCGCCAGACGGACACACGGGAGGAGGGGACUCACGGCGCGACCGACGUCAUGACGACAAGGAGAGGAGGUCAAACCAAACCAGGCCUGCCCGGGAGAGGUUGGGCAGCCGAGUGCUAGCCGAGAGAGGUUGGGCCCAAGGCCUGCCGCCAACGAGCCUCCACCAGCAGAAUCAUGUUCCCGCAGGCAAGCACGACGACAAUCAGUCACCCGGAGGUCGCCAAGCCACGGACCCGAGCCCAGCCGCGACAAGAGGCGGGCUCGCGUAA